UGUUUAAAUAAACUUAAUGAUUUAAUUAGUUAACAUCUGAAAUUCGAAAAUAUUUGUUGUGUACUAACUCAGCACGUGAAUUAGAACCGGAAGCAGGAAGGCAGCAAUUUACACCACAUGUUCAGUGGAACCAAACAGUGACGAACGAUGUAUGAACAGUUGUUGACGGAAGGUCUGUUGACAUACGGCUAUGUUACUAAUGCAGAGAACGUGAACUUGGAAAUAGCAUUGCCAAAAGGUUUAACAGGAAUCGUAAAUGCUACGAACAUAUCUCCAGCCUACACAAGUUAUCUGAAAUCUCUUGUUGAAAAUGACAACAAAAAACAUUUUGCCCAACUGGCUGAUCACACGCUCUCCGACCUAUUUCCAAAAGGUUCUCUCAUCGUUGGCAAGGUUAUAUCCACUAAAAAAGACACAUUUAACUUGUCUUUAUCUCCCGAGGAUAUCAACAGCUACUUGGAACAAGUUCAGAUUAAAAAUAACAUGAUCCUUGUAGGGAGUGUAAAAAGUGUUGAAGACCAUGGGUAUAUAAUUGAUAUUGGUCUCAAAGACGUCAACGCGUUCCUCAGUAAGGAAAAUGCAAGCAAGUAUAACGAUGGGAAACAAAUCAAAAUGGGUCAGCAGCUACAUUGUUUAGUUGUCGAUGUUACACACAUAAAAAGGAAUGUGAUACGAUCUGUGAUUCUCUCGGCUGAUCCUUUUAAAAUUGCAACUCAAAUGAUAAAAGACCCCCUGCCUGUGCCUCUCUCAUGUAUCUGUCCAGGCCUGCAAGCUGAAGCCACUAUUGUCAAAGAUGAAGGUUCUUACUUGAAAGCUAAAUUCCUGACAUAUGACGCUGUGAUACCAAAAUGUUAUUGCAAUCCCGAUGAACAGGGACAUAAAGCAAAUUCACAGGUCCGAGCCACUGUUCUUCAAUACCAUCCUGAAACAAAGGUUAUUACUCUGACUCUGAGAAUGGUCUACAGCAGUGAAGUGUCUGAGAUUUUCCCUGACAUAUUUAUUGGUAAAAUUAUUAAAGGUGUUGUAAAGUACAUCAGCUCAGAAAAGGAGAUAUAUCUUCACCUUUCAAAUGGACUUUGGGCAAUUGCACAUCCUCCAGAUCCCACUGCUCAAAAAAGAUCUGCAUUAUUGAAAGCAUACCCUGUUCUCUCCAAACACCGAUGCUGUGUAAUGAAAUUGUUACCUCUUGAAAAUUUAGUUGAAGUUUGUCUCAGCUGGAAACCCAAUAAACCAAAUUCAGAAUCUUCAGCUCUGAAAGACACUCUCCCAGCUGAUGAAUCAAAGACAAAAGUGCCAGAAAUACAGAAAGAAGUCAAAUCAAAAAAAAAUGCUGACAUUGCUAAGCCAGAAGUGGAAGAGACAAAACCCCCCAAAACACGGAAAGAAGCAAAGUCCAGAACUGUUGAGAUUGUUAAACAGGAAGUGGGAGAGACAAAAAUACCAGAAAUAGAGGAAGAAGAAACAUCUACCAAAAAUGGUAAUGUGGUUAGCCAUGAAGUGGAAGAGGCUGAAGAAUCAAGAAGUGAAAUAACGGAAUUGGCAAAUCUAAGUAAAAUUGGAAAGGUAUCUCGUGCUACUAUACACAAGAAACUGGAAGACAGCUUCACAGUGCUUUUGGCAUCAUCAGGGAAAGUUGGUGUGCUACCCAAGAUGCAUCUGUCUGAUUUUCAAAGCCAUUGUGAUAUGUUAUGGGACAUCUACAGCGAAGGGGACAUGAUGCGAGUUGUCAACUUUAAACACCUUAACAAAACCACUAUAUGUAGCAGUAAGCUUAGUCUGCGGCUAACAGCUAAAAAGGGAAACUUUGUACAAACAUUCAAGGAUAUUUACGUUGGUCAGAAUUUGAUUGGAAUUGUUAAAACAGUUGUUGAUUAUGGUAUAUUUGUUGAAUUUCCUGGAGGUCUUCUCAGUUUUGCAGUCACUAAGGAGAUAGCAGCAGGUCCAGACAUGAAUCUACACAAAUAUUUUAAAGAAGGCAUGACCGUUUCCACUCAUGUGUGUGAAAUUAAUCAGAAAAAGCGGCAAUUCAGAGUCAGCUUGAAACUCAAGAAAACUGACAUUGACUCGGAUUUUCAGCUAACCUACUUUCGCAAUUACUUUAAGGAAAAAAAUAUCAUUAUAGACCAUCUAAAAUCUACGAAAGAUUUUCCUUGGUUGUUUGAAGAUUUACACACAGGAGACUUGUGUAAUGUAACUGUUACCAAAGUGGUUAAAGAAGGUGUGCACUGUACACUGGAAUCAGGCACUAAAGGUUUCAUUGCCACACACCACAGAAAGGGUCUCACUGUUAAAAAAAGCAUGACAGUCCCAGCUGUUAUUCUGGAUCUGGAUCUCUUGCAAGGAAUUAUCCAGCUGAUUGCAUCACCUGUAGUUGUCAAACAGGUGAUGAAAAUGCAGAAAAAACCAGAAAAGAUUCCAAAGAAUAAAAGACUCAAGUCACAUGUGCUGCUGGUCCGAAAGGAGUUUGUUAUCGUUUUGUUAAAGAUGAAAGGAAAGGCAAAAUUAGCUUACCUGUCUCCUAAAAUGCACAUGAACGAUGUCUUCAAUUGGGAUUAUUACAAAGUUGGUGACACACUGUUUGUCCAGUAUGUUCGACGUAUCAAUUGUAAAAAUAUUGUCAAACUGUAUGAGCCAGUCACACAAAUCGCACGGCUUACAAAAAGGUUACAGGAAACUACUAGUGAACCAAAAACUGCAAGAAUUAGUGAUAAAGGUAGUCAGCUGUUUGAAGCAAUGGAUGUUGAUACUACAGACCCCACACUCCCGGAAAGCUCAAAGUCGAGGAAGAAGAAGAAAACAGCAAUGAAACGAAAGUCUAAUGGUUACAUUGGUAGUGAUGAUGAUGAUGCUGCCGGUACUGGAAAGAAGUGCAAGCUGGACCUGAAAAGCCAAUUGAAGUUAUGCCUCCUGUCUUCUUCAACUGGGAUAAUGAAGCCGUUGCCCCAACAACCCAGAACGGUCAUGUCAGCAGCAGUGAUGACGACGUUGAAAUGAGCGAAGACAAGGAUGAAGAAUCAUCUACAGGUAAACUUCUCAAGAAAAAGAAAGCUGCUAGGAAGCUUGA